AACGGAUUAGUGAAGUUGGGAAGCAAAUUCCUCCCCAAAACAGCCAAAUUUAUCAUGUUAAAGUCUAAGCCUGUAAAAAUUGAAAACAUAAAAUCACAUGCUCUAUAUUUAAUGUUUAAUAAAAUAUUUUGAUUCAAUCAGGAUAAAUAAAAUAACACUAGAUUAACCUACGAUUAAGAGUUUUUUUUCUUUCUUUUUUUUUAAUUUGAUUGAUUGUGAUGUGUUUAGAGUCCAAGGGUAGGAAAGAAAUUGAAACACUGGGUACCGCGUUCCGAUUUAUUUUUCAUUUUUUAAUUGUUUAAUUGCUGAGAUUCUUAGUUUCAACGACUUCGCUCAUUCUUCCUAUUAACAAAGGAAGUGGCGCAGCCUUCCUUUGAAACUUUUACACAGAUUUCCAUUUCCAUUCCUUACUUUGACUUUCUCUCCCCUUCUUUCUUCUUCAAUAUUUAUGCAGUCCAUCUCUUUGUAUUGCAUUUUUUCCUUUAAAUCUGUUGCUUUUCUCUGUAAUUCUUUUUCCGAAGGGGUUUUGUUCUUCGAUUCUGCAACUCAAAUCGGUCGCCUUCUGAUUCCAUGGCAGAUAAACUAAGAUGUGAAUCCCUGAAAGUUCCGUUUACAACUGGGUUUGAACGCCAAUUCAGGACAGUGCCAUUUUUGACUUUGGGUGAUGGAGAACCUUUUAUAAAUGUUUAUUGUAACUUGAACCAAUUUCUUGCAACAGAAGUUGGAAAUAGUUUAGCCACUCCAGAAUCGGCGUUCUGGUCCAAAAGAAAAUGAAUAGAAGGGCUCAAUAUGUUUUCAUGGUUCUUAUGAUCGGAUCUAUAGCAUCAUUCCAAGGAGUUGUAGGCGAUGCAAGAGCUCAAGUACUGAACAUGACAUGUAGCUCUGAAAAGGAGAACAAUAGAACCCUUUUUGUUCCCAAUUUCAUUUCUUUAAUGGAAACCAUCAGUGACCUUAUGCGUCAAUUUGGUUUCGGAACCGCGGUUUCUGGUUCAGGGCCUGAUGCUAACUAUGGUCUAGCUCAGUGCUAUGGUGAUCUAUCUUUGCUUGACUGUCCAUUGUGCUACGCCGAGGCACGUACGGUUCUUCCUCAAUGCUAUCCGUAUAAUGGUGGUCGAGUUUUCCUUGACGGCUGCUUCAUGAGAUCUGCGAAUUAUAGCUUCUAUGACGAGUACUUGGGACCUACUGACAUGGUUUUGUGCGGGAAUGCAAGCCGCAAGGGAUUGAACUUUCAAGCAUCAGCAAGACAAGCUGUGUCACGCGCGGUGGCUUCUGCAUUGGGAAACAAAGGCUAUGGUAAGGCUUCGGUGGCAGUUUCGGGAACAAAUGAGACGGCUCAUGUUCUGGUCGAUUGCUGGAGGUCAUUGAACAAGAGUUCUUGCCAAGCAUGUUUGGAUAAUGCAUCGGCAGCAAUGUUAAGGUGCUUGCCAUGGUCAGAGGGACGGGCACUCUACACUGGCUGCUUCAUGAGAUACUCCAACAUAGAUUUCAUCAAUAAAGAAACUUCAAAUGGAAUUUCAAGAGGAACCAUUAUUAUUAUAGUAAUUUCUGCUGUCAGUUCCCUGGUUUUUUUAGCUGUUAUUGCAGCUAUUGGAGUUUAUAUCAGGAAGCGCAGAUACAUACAAAAGAAAAGAGGUUCAAAUGAUGCAGAAAAGUGGGUGAAAGUACUUCGUGAUAGUAACUUAAAUUUCAAGCACUCUACAGUAGAGAAGGCUACAGGAUCGUUCGACGAGGCGAACAAGCUUGGACAAGGAGGAUUCGGGACAGUUUAUAAGGGUGCUCUACCUGAUGGAAGAGAGAUAGCUGUCAAGAGACUUUUCUAUAACAAUCGACACCGAGCUGCUGAUUUCUACAAUGAAGUCAACAUAAUAAGCAGUGUGGAGCAUAAAAACCUGGUGAGAUUGUUGGGAUGUAGUUGUUCCGGACCCGAAAGUCUUCUCAUCUACGAGUUCCUCCCUAACAAGAGCCUUGAUCAUUUCAUCUUUGAUCCAAGCAGAGGUAAAGAACUUACCUGGGAAAAGAGAUACCAAAUUAUCAUCGGGACCGUAGAAGGUUUAGUCUAUCUUCAUGAAAACCCCACGAACAAAAUCAUUCAUAGGGAUAUAAAAGCUAGCAAUAUCUUGUUGGAUUUAAAGUUCCGCGCCAAAAUCGCUGAUUUCGGGUUGGCAAGAUCUUUCGAGGAAGAUAAGAGCCAUAUCAGCACUGCCAUUGCCGGAACACUAGGAUACAUGGCACCAGAAUACCUAGCCAAUGGUCAGUUAACGGACAAGGCCGAUGUCUAUAGUUUCGGAGUGCUGUUACUAGAGAUCAUAACCGGAAAGCAAAACAACAGAAGCAAAGACACGGAUUACUCAGACAGUAUAAUUGCAGUUGCAUGGAAUCACUUUCAAUCAGGGACUGCAGAGGAGAUUUAUGAUCCAAAUAUAAUGUUAAAUGAAAACAGCCAAAGUAGCAAUACGAAGAAUCAGGUUUACAGAGUAUUGCAUAUCGCACUUCUUUGCACCCAAGAGGUUCGAUCACUAAGACCCUCAAUGUCGAAGGUACUACAGAUGCUAACAAAGAAAGAGGAAGACCUCCCUGCACCAACGAUUCCUCCUUUCAUGGAUGAAAAGACAAUGGAAUUCAACGAUAUGAGCGAGAACGAGUUUUAUCCGCUGAAUGCAGGUGGGACUGAUUCAAUCGCCACUGUGGCUCACAGUUCCUUUUACGCAAGAUGAAGGUGGAUUGGAUUUUACGGUAAUAAUGGUGAGGGAAAAGCUUUGAAAGAAUUCCAUGUAGUUCCGGAAAGUAGGUGGAAUGAAUAGAGUUAUGGUCGAAAUGCAGAAUGACAUCAAAUUAUUGUAUAAUGUGUAAAAUAUGUAGACUUGAGUUUGAAAAUUUUUUGUUGAUCUUA